AUGGUGGAGGACGUCAUCCUCCUUCGCAUCAUCGUCAGUUCUAAACGUUGGGACAUCUUCAAGGAUGCGGACUACUACAUCUACCAGGCUACCGACGAGGCCGCGGACGAGGGGCCGUCACUCAAGCGGCUCCCGCGGCUGCCGAAGCUCCAUAGCCCCUAUGAGUUUGAUUCAGAUCAAGUUGGCAUUCUGCGCUGCGGCGCCCGCCACCAACGGCGCUACAACGCGCUGCGCCCCCACCGCGACACCGCAGGUGAUUUCUAUAUUGUCGCCGCACUCUGUAGGGCGCCCAAUUCCGUGGCCCCUGGAGAGUUUGUCAUUUGUCUAUACAACUCCAAUUCUCCAACCAUCUGGAUUACCCACAAAAUCUCAGUGGACGAAAACCAACAUCGACGCCAAUAUGGCUGCCACUUCGAGCAUUACAACAGCAAGGUCAUCUCAAUUGGAGGAGAUUCUGGCACCAUGGGCUUCGUUGACCUCUGGCGGGGUAUCCUCUUCUGUGAUGUGCUCAAGCUUCAGCGAGGCAAAACCACCCCUCCUAUUCGUUAUGUAACUUUGCCACCGCCACUCCUUCCAGGCAGGGUGAAUAGGGGUGACGCACGGCUCGCUCGGGACAUCGCCAUAGUCCAACAAGGUCGCACCAUUAAAUACGUUGAGCUGCAGGUUCACUGGAAGCCUCACCCAACCUUUAGGGGUUGCUACUUCAGGGAUGGUUGGAUGUCCAGGAUAUGGACAAGACCGGUGGAUGCUGAUUGUGCUGAGGACUGUUGGAAACCGGGCUGUAAGCAAUAG